GUGGAUGAGGGGUUUUAUUCUUUCGGGAAAAGUUUGGUAUCGGAGGUUUGGUUGUAUAUUUUCGCUCCCAGAACCCGGUGCAGAAAAUUGACUUAUUUAAUGAAUGUAGAUCGCGGGGCACCCACGUGGUUUCAGCGAGCAGACUGCAGCUUCUUUUGUUCAAAAUCAAUCAAAAAAGGAGGAAGACGGACGGAUAGCAGAAGAGAGCCGUGAAAACCAGGAAGAAAAUCCCAGAAGAAACCAUAAAACAAGACCGAAGGAGCUUCCAGAGUUUUUUUUUUCCCCCACCAACUUAAAACUUUACGGAGACGCCAUGCCACGCAAGAAGGUGACCGACGUCUCGGGGAACGGGGGGGUGAAGAGGAAGAGGGCAGGGGGCCGGAGGAAGGAGCGGGACUUCAGCAGCGACGACGAGUUUGACGACUUCGAGCAGGAGAACGCCAAGAAGCCCGGAAGGCCGGCCGCCAAGUCGGGCCUGCAGCCCGUGACCGUGGCCGAGGACGUCAAGGAGAAAAUAAAACUCGACAGCCCCAAGGUCAAGGGCCAGCUGCUGAUUUUCGGAGCCACCAACUGGGACCUGAUUGGCCGGAAAGAGGUGCCCAAGCAGCAGGCGGCCUACAGGAACCUGGGGCAGAACCUGUGGGGGCCGCACCGCUACGGCUGUCUGAGUGGAGUGCAGGUCAGUGCCGUGGUGUCGGGGCCCUGCGCCGCACACAGCCUGCUCAUCACCGCCGAGGGCAAGCUCUGGAGCUGGGGCCGCAACGAGAAGGGCCAGCUGGGCCACGGCGACACCAAGCGGGUCGAGGCCCCCAAGCUGGUGGAGGCCCUGGGCAGCGAGGUCAUCGUGGCCGCGGCCUGUGGGCGCAACCACACCAUGGCACUGACAGAGAACGGCUCCGCGUUUUCGUUCGGGGAGAACAAGCUGGGCCAGCUGGGACACGGCAACCAGACAGACGCGGUACCCACCCCUGCGCAGAUCCAGUACAACGGGCAGCCCCUGGUGAAGGUGGCGUGUGGGGCCGAGUUCAGCAUGGUGGUGGACUGCAAGGGCAACCUGUACUCCUUCGGGUGUCCCGAGUACGGGCAGCUAGGGCACAAUUCGGACGGGAAGUUCAUCGCCCGCGCCCAGCGCAUCGAGUUCGACUGCGAGCUCAUCCCGCGUAGGGUGGCCAUCUUCAUCGAGAAGACCAAGGACGGCCAGGUUCUGCCGGUGCCCAACGUCGUGGUGAGGGACGUGGCCUGCGGGGCCAACCACUCGCUGGUGCUGGACUCCCAGAAGCGGGUGUUCUCCUGGGGGUUCGGGGGGUACGGCCGCCUGGGCCACACGGAGCAGAAGGACGAGAUGGUGCCCCGCCUGGUCAAGCUGUUCGACUUCCCAGGCCGCGGCGCCUCCCAGGUCUACUGCGGCUACCAGUGCUCCUUCGCCGUCAGCGAAACAGGGGGGCUGUUUUUCUGGGGGGUUACAAAUACCUCCCGGGAGUCUACCAUGUACCCCAAAGCCGUGCAGGACCUCUGUGGCUGGAAGAUCCGCAGUCUGGCCUGUGGGAAAAGCAGUAUCAUCAUUGCAGCCGAUGAGAGCACCAUCAGCUGGGGCCCUUCACCCACCUAUGGAGAGCUGGGUUAUGGUGAUAACAAGCCCAAGUCAUCCACCACUGCCCAGGAGGUGAAGACUCUGGAUGGAGUUUAUUCCGAGCAGGUGGCGAUGGGAUAUUCCCAUUCCCUAGUGAUUGCCCGCGAGGAGACGGAGCAGGAAAAGGAGAGGCUGAAGAAGCUGCCAGAGUACAACCCUCGCAUGCUCUGAUUGGCCGCCGCCCCGACCUUUCACCUCCGAUGGGCAACUGAUUCCAGGAUCCACUCCGCUCUCUAGUUCACCCCCUUGCAGCCUUGGUGGGGGACGCUGAAACAAUUGGAUAUGAGCACACUCCUUCUUUUUUUUUCUGUUCAACAUGGUUUGGUUUGGGUUUGAAUACCUUUUUAACAAGGUAGUAAAAAUGAAAUCAAAACCGCUACCUCUUCAAAUGUUUCCCCUUGCGGUCACACUCGCACCUCUCAACCUGAUCACCUCAGUGUCUUACAAUGCCAGUCGGCUCCAGGUCAGUACAGACAUCAGCACCCUCCUCCUUGUGAAGCACUUAACAUUCCAACAGGCGCCAUUUUUAACUUUCUCUGCAGCGAUGGUCUUCCCUCAGCUCUCAAGAGUCUAGUCAAGAAGAUCUAAGUGUUUUAUACAGGAUGUUUUUACCUUUUUGGCUGUACAUAUUGAUAGAUAUAUUCUUACUAAAGAGCAGGUGUCAAAGCAGUUGGAGCAGCCUACUCUAUACUCAACCUGCUGAGAAAGAUGUUUUUCGAAGCUGUUCUCUCAAUAAAAGAGUGAGGCUCCCAGACUGUCAUUGGAGUAAGAAAUGUCACGGAGUCAGUCCUCAGAUGAACUCACUCCAGAAUGUUCUCUGCUGUACUCCAGUCCCUCCAGGUUGGGUUACCACAACGUUUUCCAGCUGCAUUGUGGUCAGUUUGGGCUGCCUCAGUCGAGACUUAUUACAUUCCUUUUUCUUUUCCUGUUCCAGUUCUGAUCUUUUGGUGUGGUUUUGAAGGUUCGAAAGGAGGGAUCGUUUUCAGAAAUCCCUUCUUUUAACCACUCGACAAGACCACACCACACAGAUUAGUACCCCAGGAGUGCUACCUGUCUGAUAACACAAGCCUGUUAGACUGCUGUUACAGUUCAUUUUCAAAAAAUGUUCCCUUGAUUCCAACAUAGUUGGUGCUGUUUGACAGGAAGAUACAUUUUGUAAAGCCUCCCUGAAGUACAACUUGGAUCAGAUAUAUUAUAUAUAGUUUGACAUAACGGUGUUAAGUUUGUUUGCAGUUGUCUUGUUUUUUUUUUGCUACCAAGAUUCUUUUCGGCCGGGCGCACGACUUUUGAAAAGCUGCUCUGUGCCUAUGAGCUGGACUGGACACCUGUCCCCUUGAGUGGCAGUCAGUCUUGUUUCUCCGGUGUAUGUUCCUUGGGGGUCAGUUAGCCUGUUUCUUGUUUCGGGUUUUACUGGUUUAUUCGUUUUUUAUUAUUAUUAUUUCUUGGAAAUGUUAAUAAAAAGGUUCAUGCUGUCA